UGUGCGAUGUGUCAGUGGGUGAUGACAUCAUCACAAUCCCACAGCCUGCUUUUCUAGUGCUUGAUGGGCGUGCUGAUCUGUGUCAGUGUUGGUGGUGGUGUGUUGUGUUGGCUGGCUGCCUGCUGUCACAGCAUUUAUCUCCCUCCACUGCCUGGGGAAUUCCAGCCUGGAAUCUGUCAGAGUGUGGAUCCAUCAUCCUCCACCCACUGGAACUGUCACCCCUGCCACUGCCAGUCACAGAUACAGUCCAUCUGUGACACUGAUUUUGUCUUUAAUAUUGGUGCUGGCGGCAUCUUAUGGCAC